CUCUCUCUGCUAAAUCUAACCCUAGUGUUACAGCUCCACCAGCGUAAGUCACCCCAACCACACAGCCCCACUCCUCCACUCGAACGCCAUAAUCCCCCUCCCUCCUCUGCUUCAGUCGCGCGAUUCUCCUCACAACACGAGCACAGUAUCCUGCCAUGGCACGGGGUGGCAGAUCACGAUCUCAAGUGGGAUCUACCAUGUCGGCAGAAGCAACAGAAGCAUCAUCACCAUCAACAACAUCUUCACUGCACUCUGAGUCAUCUGUCGAGAUGAUGACGACUGAUCUUGCUCCACUAGUGGUACGGUGGAGGAGAGUACUACAAGGAGGAUUGAGGCGGUGGAGAGAGAGAACCAGCAGCUAUGAAUUGAGAUAGAUGGGUUGAGAGAGGAGAUGAGGAGCAUUAACCGUGCAAUAGAGGACCUACGUGCACAACAAGAGAGACGGGUUGAGGAGAUGUUUCAUAGUCUGAUUGCACAACAAGAGAGGCGGGUUGAGGAGAUGUUUCAAAGUUAUGUUGCGGGCUUUCAGAUUCCUGGGAAUCCCCAACCUUCACCUUCACCUUCGUGGCCUCGAUCUGAGCAUAGUUGCGGCGUAGCAAUGUGACCCUGUCAGUUUUUGAAAACCCGACUGCUCAAUCAUGAACAAUGGUUCUUUUACCCUCAGUGAAGUGUUUCCGGUGACUUCUGCUUCGUCUCUAUUACAAACCAACCAGCAGAUUCAUGAAGAUAUCAAACUAUCACCUAUCACCUAUAGGGGCAGAAAGGAUUGAAAAAUGACUCAAAACAGACACCUACAAAAUAGUGGUGGGAAGGACAUCAAAUAGGGUGAGCCCACUAAGCAAUGUGGUCUAGGUCUAGUCCACACCAAAAAGCUUAAGGAAUCCAAAGGAGC